AUGGUUGGCAAAAAGGAAACUCUGCUCUUUGCAGAUACUACAGGCUGGGGCGUGAGCCCUCGAGGUGCUGGCUACUUAUUUGGCAGCGAUGUAGUGGCACAAUUCAACGCAGCGAAUGACAUCGACAUGAUCUGCCGGGCGCAUCAGCUGGUCAUGGAGGGGUACAAGUGGCACUUCAAUGAGACAGUUCUUACGGUGUGGUCGGCUCCCAACUACUGCUACCGCUGUGGGAAUGUGGCAGCCAUCCUGGAACUAGAUGAACACCUUCAGAAGGAAUUUAUUAUCUUUGAAGCAGCCCCCCAAGAAACUCGAGGCAUCCCAUCUAAGAAACCUGUUGCGGACUACUUCCUGUGAAUGCUUCUUCCAUCCCCCCUUCCCUCGUGCGGCUUCUGUCUUCUGUAUUGGCUGGGGUGGGCAGGCUCCUUGAAGUUUGGCAGGGUUCAGGUCUCUCCUCUCUUCCCUCCCUCAUCCUUUCCCCUUGCCCAAUAAAUCCUCAAUUCUGGACCCCUUAGACUGAACUGGCCAUCUUUUUCCACACUACUGAAUAGCAGCCAAUCUCUUGAUGGUCUCUUCAGGGCUGCCGUCAUUUUUAUUCUCCACCUAAAACACUUUUUGGGGCUUCUGGUAAUUGAAAAAUCUAAAACUCUCAGAUCACUCCAUGCAAAAAAAUCAGUCUAAAAAUGGAGACAAGCUUCAGGGUUCUAUGAUUCUGAUAGCCUCCCUGCCCAGUUCUCUGGCUUAUCUGCAGUGCUUCUCUAUUCUCUAGAAGGACUGGAAAUUAUUUGUAGAGAAUGUUUCAGAUGGAAAGAGAACUGGACUUGGAAAUUAAAGAGAAACCAGUGACCAAAGGAUAUCUGCAACUGUUAGGAGGAUGAAGUCUCUGGACUAGUUCUCUGCUUCUGCGCCACUUCAGUGCUUCCUGGUUUAAUAAUUUAGUCAGCUGAUUCUGGAAAACCCUGGUUUUGGUGCCAUUCCGUAACAUUUAAGCAGAGAAUAGGAAGUGGUUCAAACCUUGCUGUGUCUGGUUGCUGGCAGACCUGGAACACUGGUUUCUUGGCACUUUAUUCUGCUUGGACUACAUUGUAAUAGAUUGAUCUAGAUGGAGAAAUGGUUCCUUUGUGUGCCACCAUCUCUUAUUCCUGCUUUCCUCAAAUGUUUUUGGCCACUGGAAGCUGUACCAUCCCAUGGUUAUUCCACCAAAAAGUCCCAACUUUGCAGAAAAUAAUAGUCCUUCUGGUCACUGGAGGAUCCAAAUGCUUUAUGGAAUCCAUUUCAAUUUUUGUGGAUUAAUGAAAUGUAUUAUUGGCACAUCUAUAUCCUGGUUCUCCUCCUCCCUGCCCUCCUUCUCCCUGAGUGGGGAGACUGGGACCAUAUCACGCUAGUUAAUUUGACCAAUGGGGCGUGUCCUCUGUCUCUUCCUUCCCACCCCCCAAUAUCCUACCCCCUGUGGGGUUAGUGUAUCCAAAUCCUAUCCACCCCAGGGUCAAAAUACCCUGCCCCCUUCCCUUCAUUCCUGUGAAGGGAUACUCGCUCUCAGUUCCGAUACCUUUUUAGAGUUAGAAGGGGAGGGGGAAUUUCCUGCCACUUUUCCUAUGUCUAGGAGGGCUUUCCCCUCCCAUGAUGUCUCUUGCCCUAAUUUUAUUUUGUUUUCAUUUUGGGUUUUUUCCUAUUUACAACUUUUAGAUAAAAAAAUUCUAAUAAAACUAAGAAAAAAAUUGA